AUGGCGCAAUCAAUCGAGUUCUAUAACAUUCCCUACGAUAUCAGGCUUGCCUUGUUCCAAAGGGCUUUGCAAGACGAGUCCAGAGUUGCCAAUGCUGACGCAACAUUAGCAGAAGGUAUUGAUACUGAUACCAUCGCCAUACCUGGAGCCGGUACCCACGAAUCAUCUGUCAACAUAGUAAACAGCUUUAGAGGCAGCAUAGUGCCAGCAAGAUAUUUAUAUGUGGACUUGGCGAUCGUCUUCUUUGCUCCUGAGAUCAAGGAUUCGCCACAUUUCUUGCAAUUCCUCUUCAGCACUCAACCAAUCAGGCACGCAAUCGAAAAUCCCAAGAGUAUCUUCUUCAUUGCAGAUGUAUUUUCAUUCACCAAGCCACUUAUUGAGGAUUCUGAGGCUCUAGAAAGUCUGUUCGCGCAUGCCACCAAGCUUUGGAGGGAAGAAAGGUCUAAUAAAGAACGUUGGGCUUUCUGGGAAAAGGCACACAGAUUAAGAUUGGGAGAGCCUCCCGUCACGUGGGAUCCUCAGGGAACGGUGGAAAAUAUUGCAUUCUCGCUACGGAGCAUUCUUCGCCUCCCCCAUAGUACAGAUGAUGAGAUUAGAAAGGACUUUUACAGGGCAAUAUUGACGAUGCCACAUCUCAAGAUCAUAUAUUUAGUCGUUGACUAUGAUCAGACGGGUAGAAAAGGACAGUCACAAUCUUCUCGAUUCAAGAAAUUCGUUUGCAGGAUCGAUACGGUCUAUGAGGGAACUGGAACAGAAAGGAAGCAGAGAAAGACUCUAAGCACCUUCGACGUUGUCAGCCUUCAGGAAGCACUCAAAGCAAGGAGCACUAUGCAAAGCUACCAAGACGAAAAUAAGUCUUCGCUAUGUCCGAAGAUCGAGAUUGUCUCGUGGGCGUAG